GGCGGGUGUUCAGCCAUCACCAGGAAAGCAGGGCUCCAUCAUGCGUAAUGGUUACUUGGGAAGACAAAACGCCAUACUCCAAAUGUCCCCCCUUCCUCCUUCUUCCCCCCAGCUUUUAUUGCUGAACAUGAAGUCAUAUGGUACAGAAUAAACCUCUGAUCAGCUGGGGUCAACUGUCCCAGCUGUGUCCCGUCCCAGCUCCUGGCCCACCCCAGCCUACUUGCUGGUGGCGGGUGCAGUGUGAGAAACAGAAAAGGCAUAGGCACUGUGAAAGCACUGCUCAGCAGUAACUAAAACAUUCUUGUGUUAUCAACAUUGUUUUCAUCACAAAUACAAAACAUAACCCCAUACAAGCUACUGUGAAGAAAAUUAUCUCAGCCAAAAUCAGUAGUGUCAAGCCUACUUUAUUCUUAUUACAAGAUAUUGAAUUAAAGCAUUUAUACACCAAUGAUCACCUAACCUAUUUCUCCUUUUAUUUCAGUUUUUCAUAUAUAAAGUGAAAACCAUAGCAUUUCAGUACUCCUUAGCGAGCUUUCUAUUGAAAUAUUAAAUUUUGCAAGGUGUGUAACUCCUCUAAUAUAGUGAUUUGACUACACACGUUGAUUGUUUUUAAAGCGUUGAUCUGCAGGUCAUUGCUUUGAAAUUGUGUCUACAAAACCUUUCAAAUAUGCUGCGAAGAGGAUUAUCGUCCAAUUGUUAUGGUUUUUUAUAUCCACUAAUAAUGAUGUAGUUAGAGAACCUGAAGCAAAUAAUCAAUUACCUAUUCAACAGGGAUCCCUAAUUGUUCUUAGGGAAGGAGAGAACACCAACAAGUAUUAUACAAACACAAACCUUCUGAGAAUGCAAGUUCUCUCUUGCAUCUAAAAGUUUAUUUCUGGAAGCUUUCCUAAUAAACACUUCUGUAAAUUCAAGGUUAGGUGCCUUUAAAUUAUUGUAGAUAAAUCACCUCCCACAAGUAAUGUAGAUAUGACUAGCAGUCCAAUCUUAGCUCUUGAGAACCUUACCAUCUCUCUUAAUCUUACCAUCUGUCUCAGGGAGCUGGUGAGAAUGUAUGCAAAAGUAAAAAGAGUCUGGCUGUAGAAAGUAUUGAUCUAUCAUAAAUCACAAAAUAUGGAAAGCUUUUAUAUCAAGAAGAGAAACAACUAUUUCAUGUAAAUCUAUUUAAAAACACCAUCCAAACCAAAGAUAAUUUAAUAUAGUCUACUGUAACUAAAUGUGAUGCUCCCAUGCUGAAAAGAAUGCAAGUUUGCUUGUUGAAAAAUAACAGGAUAUGCUAGGGUGUCUGAAAUACCCACAAGGGAGCUGUGAGAUGCUUUUUUCUUCCUGGAGUGGCUGCUGGAAUCCAGGCAAGUUUUCCUUUAGAGGCUGGACCCUCAUUUUUAGCCACCUGAAUCACAUCUCGGCAUUUUAGGUUGUGAGUACUCUCUCCCUGACAGUCAGAGAAGAGAGCACACUUAGGGAAAACUUGGGCAUUUUUAGGGAAAGGAAGCACAUUGUUUGUGAAAAAGGCAAUGGUGUUUGUUCUGGUUUUGUAUUCUGAAAGGAAGAAGAUUCUAAUGGCUAAUAGGGAUUUUAUAAGGUCCACAGUAUUUUCCUCAUCAGAAAGAAAUCUUAAAGGGGCAUGAAGAGCUCCACUUAAGUAACUGUGAAAAAAAGUAGGGGUAAAACCACACAGAAGCAGCAUUGCACUUUAUUGUUUGGGUUUUCUUCUAGGUUUCUCUUCGUUUGCAGGCAAAGACAAAUGGCACAAGGGAAAAAUGUCUCAUUUGAAGUUCAGAUGACUACUGUGAAAACCCAGAAGCUGAAUCUCUAGCGUGUUUAUGUACAUCUAUUAAAGUAUAAAUGAGCAACAUGCUAAGGAGAAUGCGCUCACAACCAGCGUGAUGAAAGGUCAGUGAUUUGUUGAUUACCAAGAGACUACUGAAAAAUCGGUUGAGUAGAAAAAACGGUCAACGUUUUUGGCAAUGUGUUCAUGAAAUCUGAAUUCCAAAAAACACAUGUGACCUUAAUCAUGAUAUUACAAGGUACGUGUGUUGUGGUUUGUGAAGUCUGAGCUUUGCUUUGCUAAGUUUAGUGAUAGAACUGCAUUAAAAAUCAUUGUGUCUUUAUUUUGGUUCCAUAGCACUUAAAGUAAACAGGGCUUUUGAAUACAGUUAGUUCUUCUGGAAAGUAAGUCAAUUAACAAGAAGCCAGUAUUUAAUGGGUCUACAUCAGUUAUCCUAGACUUUCUGUUUGAUCAACAGAGACAGACAUUUACAGAGAGACUUCAGAUCUCAAGUGAAUAAAAAAUCUUCCUAAAAUGUCCUUCUCACUGACUAUAAAAGCAUAUCCAGCAGCUUCAUUCUUAGCCAUUCAAAAAGCCAUUUACUUAAAGCAGUAGUGUUAUUUUGACAAAACAAUUUUUAAUAGGAUAUAGGAUACCUUUCCACUGAAAAGAUGUUUUAUUGUUAUGAAAUUAUUUCAUAAGUUUUUAUCUGCUACAUUUAAAUCAUUGAUAGUUACACACAAAACCAGAAUAAAGAUUUUAAAAUAAGCACAAUUAGGUCAGACAGGACUACACAUCCAUCAACUGGUUGAUCAUACUGACAUACAAUUUUGGCAUUUUCCUUUAUAUUGUUGUGGAUAAAGGUAUCCCUUUUUUCUUCUCAUGUUGUUGCUUGCUUCAUUCCUGUUCUAAUGAAAAUAGAUAAGGGACCGUUUUCCCCUUAUGUUUUAAACAGGUACAUUAGGACUAGAAGAAUCACACCGUGGAUGCAUCUCUUUCUCUCUUUUGACAAUAGAAGAAGCUAUAGACAAUAGGUUUAGACUGGAUGCUUAACCAUGACUGCCUGAACUUAAGUUCUCCAUACAGAAAAAUCCCAAGGGUAACUAGCCAAAAUAUGUGAUAAGCAAGGAUAUGCAAAGAGAAGUUCUUUCUCCAAAGUUAUUUCCUUUUCUAAGAUACAUGAAUAAAAAAAGAACAAAGAAGAAGUGAAUAGGGCUUCUGAAGGCACCCAGAGCUGAGGGUAUAUUUCAUGGAUUAUAAAAAGAUGGCUGAAGUAAUGUCUUAAAAAUUAAUACAGUGUUUUAAAAAGAUCAGGUACACGAGGGUUAUGAUAAUGAAUCUAUUGGAAAUGACAACAGAGCAAACAAAAUACCAGUAACUGGAUGGGGAUUCAUAUGACUCAGCUUUAUACAUUUAUGUACAUCUUCACACACAGAGAACAGUUAGCUGUGACUGAGCUGGACUUGCCUUUAGGUCAAUGUUUCUACAGAAAAUCCUAGAAUAUGAUUCAUACCUUCUAUAGUAAAUACUCUAAAGUGGGAGUGUUUAUUUCUAUCCACUGAAUUUAAAGGUAAUCUAAAUUAUUAGUUCUAAUGUAGGCGUCAACCCACUGCAUAUACUCAAGCCUAGGUGAGAUGACACCAAAUUUAUGAAAACAAAGUCACUAAACAUAAUUGAAAAGCAAUCACUUGAAAUAUUCUGUUGAUUAAUAUUAUUUUGAACAUCCUCUGUGAUGUAAAUAUUUUAAUGGAGAAAAUUUAUUUAAGAAAUACAAACAUUUGACAGCGUUGUUACAAGUACUUAAAAAAAAAACAAACCUCAGUUUCUCACAUAAAGAAGUGUUGCCUUUUUUUAGUAGGCUUUUUUUUUUUUUUUUUACAAUUAUCCACACUUUUUCCAUGCAUUUCUUGGCAUUCCUCUUUUUAAAUUGUUUUCCAUCAGCUGAAGAAGCAUAUUCAUUUGUUCUUUUAUUGAGGGGAGAGCAGUCUUUUGUGGGUUAGCUGCAAUCUUAGGGAGAGAUUUUUCUUCCCAGUUAUAUCAGAAAUAGUUGUUUAGACUAAGUUUAGAAUGAAAUGCCUGUUUCUUGAUUGACUACAAAAUAGACCUUUAAAAUAGGUUGGAUGAGCUGCAUGAAGGAUAUUUCUUUACACUGCACAGAAUAUAACAUGGUAAUUGCCUCAUCUGUAAAUGAAUAUAUUAGAAAAAUCUUCAGAUAUGAUAGAUGAAUCCAUUUUCCAUUGUUUUCCAUCUGUCUCUCUAUUUUUCAUAUUUCUUAUGUUUCAUAUAUCUCAUGGUUUAUCUUAUUCUCCUAAUUGCUUCUCCAAAGUGGUAAAUAUUUUAAAGUGGUAAAUAUUCUAAAGUAGGAGUGUCAACUACAUUCUAAUUUCCUAUUUGAACAUCAUCUGAUAGGAAACAUGGAAAACCACAGGAACGUAACUGAGUUCAUUUUGACUGGGUUCAAAUUGCAUCCAGGAUCACAAUUCUUCCUCUCUGUUCUCUUUUCAACAAUGUAUAUUGUCACUGUGGUAGGAAAUGCCUGCAUGAUCCUCAUCAUUAGAAUGGACUCCAAACUGCACACUCCCAUGUACUUUUUCCUGGAGAACUUGUCCAUCUUAGACAUCUGCUAUUCCUCUGUCAUCACUCCCAAAGCAGCACUGACAUUCUCACUAGGCAGAAGAACCAUUUCCUACAAUGGGUGUGCAUCUCAAAUGUUCUUCUUCUCUCUCUUUGGAACAACGGAAGCCUUCUUCCUUGCUGUGAUGGCUUAUGAUCGCUUCACUGCCAUCUGCAAUCCACUGCUGUACCACAUCAUUAUGAAUAAAAGACUUUGUGUUUUUAUGGUGGUGGGCUCUUAUCUGUCAGGCUGCAUCAAUUGCACCAUCCAGACAGGCUUUACAUUCAGUUUGUCCUUCUGUGGGCCCAAAGAAAUAAACCACUUCUUCUGCGAUGUUCCUGCAGUGAUGCAUACCUCCUGCUCAGACACAUUCGUCAAUGAAAUAGUAAUGCUGGUUGUAUGUGGAUCAAUUAUUGUGGGUACUGCCUUGGUGGUUUUUAUCUCCUAUGUUUAUAUAAUUAUUACUAUUGUCCAAAUGCCUUCAGCUGAGAGCAGGCACAGGGCCUUCUCCACUUGCUCUUCUCACAUGCUGGCUGUCAGCUUGUUCUUUGGGACUGUUUUCUUCAUGUAUGCUCAGCCUGGGGCCACAUCUUCACCUGACAAAAGCAACACCAUCUCUAUCCUCUAUACUGUUGUUAUUCCCAUGCUAAACCCUUUCAUCUACACCCUCCGAAACAAGGAGGUAAAAGGAUGUCUUAAAAAACAGUUAAAAAGGAAAGGGGUUUUUUAGUACCUUUACUAAGGACGAGAAUGACCACAGUGUCCAAUUUGCCACAGACAGAUGUUUAGAAUGUAAAACAAGGGACAUCAGGGCUUGAUGAAAGCAGGAGGUAUAAAAGGAGAAUUUUAGGAGAAUUAGAUCAGAUGAAGGUGUUGAUUCAUUUAACCAGAUUUAGACAUUUACAAUCCAUUUGAGCUCUAAUAUAGAGUCCUUCUCUAAUCACUCAAAACUCACAAGCAUUUUAAAGCCAUAAUUAAUUCAACUGUGUAUUUAGACAUUUAAAAUAGGACAUAAAACUCGAUUCUGGCAGUGC